AUGGGCAUGGAGCUGGCCCUGCUGCUGGGUGGGGAGGGGUCCCCAGAGAUGGCUGGGGGCAGACCCCUUCCAGAACAGUGUCUCUUCACUCAGAUGGACGGUAACAACCCUGGAGAGUGUCGUCACAUCCAGCAUGAGCCCGGGUGUGCCCUGGGGAAGGGGAAAGACGGGCUUUGGUGGUGGUCAGAUUCCAGCUCUGCCAGUGGCCAGCGUGUCCCUGGGCACAGAGAGCGUCCCCUGGGCCCCCGUGGGUUGGGUGAGAGUGACUCCCUGUGGCAGCAGAGCUGCGCCAGGAGGUCUCCCGUCCACGCCCAGCAGCAGCACUGGGGGCUGCGCGGGGUGCUCACAUCCGUCCCACCCCCAGCUGCCCCUGCUCUACUCCUGGCCACGGAGCACCUCUGCCUUCUCAUCGGGGUCCCCCUGGCCUUGCUCCUCUGUCUCCUCCUCCUGCUCCUCUUCUGCCUCCAUCGCCAGCGUCAGAGGAAGCAGGGGCCUCCCGGUGGCCAGGGCCAGUUGCAGAGGCCACAGGAGAGGCUGGGCCUGGCUGUGGACAGCCUGGAGAGGUCACCAGACAUGGCCACGGCUGAUAGACCCCCUGAGAAGGACAGGGAGACCGGCAACCCUGCCCCUGCUGCAAGAGAUCCCCAGGAGGUGACAUAUGCUCAGCUGGACCACGGAGCCCUCACAGAGAGGGCCGCCCGAGCUGGGUCCCCACUGACCCCAGAGCCCAGCACAUAUGCGACCCUUGCCAGACACUGACUCCUGGGCCUGAGGUCACUCCAAGCCACUCUUCCAAAAGCCUGAAGCAGCCAUUCGGAGGACUUCUCUUGGACUCACCCAGGUCUCAGAGAGCUUUGCUGGGGACAGCAGCUGGGGCCUGGAGGUCUCUGAGCAGCAUCUGGGAGAUUCGUCCACCAGGUGGCCCCUGCCACAGCUGACCAGCUGUCAGAGAGGCUGUGUCACAGCUACUUCCAGAGACCCAGCCUCAGUCCCUGGCUGUUUCCAGAGACCAGAAACCAAGGUCUCAUCCUAGGGCUGCUUCCAGAGAACCAGCAAAAGCCACUCCUGGGGUCCCACCUACUUCAGAGACUGCAUGCUGAUGAUGCUCAGCGGUCCCUGACGGCCUCCCUGGGGUCCAGUGCUGACCCUGCCUGAGGCUGGGCUGCACUCAGGCUGCCGAGAGCUGAGCCGGAUCUCUGGGCCAGACCUCACUUGGUACAUCAAUGGACUUCUUUAAAACAGAACAUCCCAGCCCCCGGGGUCAGGCCAGAGAGGUUCAGUGGACCCAGUGCUGCGGUCUCAGCCGUUCAGAGCAGAGUGGGGGCUACGAGGGCUGUCAGUGCUUCCUGUUCUCUGCAGAACACAUCGAAUUGAGCAAAGCUGCAUAUAUCCGGGGUGUGCACCAUGAGGACCUGACCUAGGCAUGCGCCCUGUAGAUUUCCAUAAUCAAACCCUCAGCACAGCUGCACCUGCACGUUAGAUCCGGGGAAUUGCUCAUCUGACGACUGGAAGUCGGUCAGUGUUUCCUGAUGGAGCAUGAGGGGUGGGGAGGAGAAGGGAGGGGGUCUAAAGGGAGGUGCAGAGGUCGAAGGCUGCCCCACCCAUCCCCACCACACUCAAGCACAUCCAGGCACACAGCCACCACUAACACAUGCCUUCGCACACACAGCCCACGCUUCCGUGCACACACAGGCACAUUGCACACACGCACUCACACACCCCAGGAAAAUCCCGAGUACCUGUGAGGUGCUACCCUGUUUCAAAUUAAAAUAGAACAAUUACCCUGAGGACCACUAGGGGGCGGGAGUGCCUCAUCUUGAUUAAUAUGUGUGCCUGUCUCAAAAACCAAUCAAUCAACCAACAAAUAAAUAAAAAGCAAAAAUCCCA